AGCUUUAAUCUCUCGUAGUUGUUUAUUCACUCCAGAAAAUAGUGGCCAUUUUGUAGAUCUGUAAUUCACUUUGAAGCCUGGAGUCUCACCUGGUUCUGCUUGCUUUUAAAGCCCAAAGUUCCUAUAACCUUUUUCUGAAAUGCCCAUGAUAUGUUUGUCAGACUUUGAAGCUUAUGCUAAGAAGCAUCUGUCCAAGACCACUUGGGACUUCUUUGCAGCUGGAGCUGAUGAGUGUUGCACCCGAGAUGAGAACCUCCUGGCAUAUAAAAGAAUCCGCUUCCGGCCACGCAUAUUGCGAGAUAUGUCUGUGAUGGACACUAGGACUACGCUUCUAGGUACUGAAAUCAGCUUCCCUGUAGGGAUUGCCCCCACCGGGUUCCACCGGCUGGCUUGGCCUGAUGGAGAGAAGAGCACAGCAAGAGCUGCUGAAGCCAUGAACACCUGUUACAUCACCAGCACAUUCUCCACCUGCACUGUGGAGGAGAUUGCUGCAGUCGCACCCAAUGGCUUCCGAUGGUUCCAGCUGUACAUUCAUCGCAACAGGGCACUCUCAGAGGGGCUGGUCCGACGUGUAGAGGCUGCGGGUUUUCAAGGCCUGGUGCUCACUGCCGAUCUUCCCUACACUGGGAAGAGACGAGACGACAUCCGCAACAACUUCCAGCUCCCACCACACAUGACAGUGAAGCACUUUGAAGGAGUGUUUGAGGAAGAGAGUUGUUCUGCGUAUGGCCUCUCGCCUAACUCCAUAGACCCUUCUAUAAACUGGAAUGACAUCUAUUGGCUGCAGAGCCUGACUCGCUUGCCUAUCAUUCUCAAGGGAAUUUUGACUAAGGAAGAUGCAGAUCUGGCAGUGAGACAUGGAGUUCAAGGGAUUAUUGUAUCCAACCAUGGUGGAAGGCAGCUGGAUGGAGGACCUGCCACUAUUGAUGCUCUGAUUGAAAUUGUAGACACAGUGCAAGAUAGAGUUGAAGUUUAUCUAGAUGGUGGAAUACGAACAGGAAGUGAUGUAUUAAAGGCACUGGCACUCGGAGCAAAAUGUGUCUUCCUCGGAAGGCCAGCUUUAUGGGGUCUGACCUACAAGGGCGAAGAAGGGCUUCGAGAAGUUUUGCAGAUUUUACAUGAUGAAUUUCGUUUGUCAAUGGCCCUGGCUGGAUGUCACAGUGUCUCAGGAAUUGGCCGAAACCUGGUUCAGUUCUCCAAGCUGUAAAUGGCUCAUGCAGUGCCCACUAACCAGACAAAUGGAAGCAGCUCCUGAUAACUAUCAAAGCCUUGAGUAUCCUCAGUAACAGACUCCCAGCUGUGUAACUCUUCCACUGUCCCCUGACAAGCACCCCAGUUCCCCUUAAGCUGUUGAAUCCCCCCUCCCAUAAAAACAAGUGAAACUAUCAGGAUGUGUAAGUAACAUCACUGCAUGUCCUUAUCAUCACAACCCUCACCCUCCCCACACACACACCCUCUCCGGCCCCAGACCCCUCUACUUUAAGGCUAAGCUUGGACACAGCAGGGGUCAGGCCUUAUUUCUGUAUAGAGCACCAUGCAUGCCUAUGGCUCUGUAUAAAUAUUUGUUGGUCACCC